CUCUAUAUAUACCCUCUUUAUCUGAACUAUCUUUGCACGAGUCUAGUUAGUCUGAAGCACUCCCAUCCACCCAAAACAAUUCCAAGCUUUCGACUUGUGUAUUGACCACGACAGCCAUCGUCUCGUGCUUCUUCAGCGGGAAACAAUGGACGUUGGAAGCGAGAACGAAAUGGUUACUGACGUCAAGAAAGGCCCGUGGACCGAGGAAGAAGACGCCGUGCUCCGGACCUAUGUUGAGACUCACGGCGAAGGCCGGUGGAACUCCGUCGCUUAUUUCGCUGGCUUGAGAAGAACCGGGAAGAGCUGCAGAUUAAGAUGGUUGAAUUACCUGCGACCCCAAGUCCGACGUGGAAACAUCUCUCUUGAAGAACAGCUCAUCAUCCUCGAGCUCCAUUCUCGCUGGGGCAACCGGUGGUCGAAAAUCGCGAAACAUUUGCCGGGGAGGACCGACAACGAGAUAAAGAACUACUGGAGGACCAGAGUGCAAAAGCAAGCCAAGCAGCUGAAAUGCGACGUGAACAGCCAGCAAUUCCGGGACACGAUGCGCUACGUGUGGAUGCCCCGGUUGGCGGAGCGGAUCAGGGCCGCCGAAUCCAAGGGUCGACCGGCGUGCCUCCCCAUAUCUUCCUCAAACGACCCGACAUUCGAUGACGUAGGUGCCCACACAGCUGAGCUCAAGUCGGACCGGAAGGACCCGAGCUUCAUGCCCGAGCCAUCGUUGGGGAUCUCGUCGGACUCCUGCUCCGAAGCCCAAGUUUCUCCAGUUUCGGGACUCACCGAGUGCUACAAUCUGCCGGACGGCUCGACCUGCGGGCUGGGGAGCGGAGCUGGGCAUUUGGGUUGGGAUAUACCGGGUCAAGAGGAUAUCAUGAGCAGCGAGUUAUUAUUGGACGGCGGAGAUUCGUGGGAUAGCUUGUGGAAUGAAGAGAACAUAUGGUUCCUGAGACAGCAACUAUCCGACGACCACUUCUAGAAGGAACUUGCAUAUUUUAUUUUUUUUAUUCCUAUUUUAUUUCUUUCAUUAGGUGGGGUUAAAAGAAAAAAGAAAAAAAAGAGAGAAG